CCGCAAUCUUCCGCCCACCACAACCACCUUCACCCAUUUACAAUCUCACCCCCGGCUGGGUUGAUCCUUGCAGGCAAUUACUUGACAACUGCAAGUCCAUUCAUUCGUUCAUUGCAUCUGUCGCGAGCAUAUACACCAAGACUUCUGUCCCUACUAUGACCUCUGUCUAAACAAACACACCAUAACCAACCAACCAACCAACAUCACCGCCCAACCCAACCUACACUCACCACAUACCAAACCCACCACACCAACACCACACACAGAAACCACAACAACAAACCAAAAUGGUCAACUGGCUCACCCUCGCCGUCCCCUUCGCCUACCUCGGCGUCCUCCUCGGCUCCCUCGCAACCUUCUCCUCCCUCUACCGCAAGCGCAAAGCCCGCAAGUCCCUCUCCCUGGAACCCUGGUUCCCUCCACACACACAACGCGACAUCUACUUCUCCCUCCUACACCUCGACCCCUCCGCCAGCAAUGAUGCCAGCAAGAACCCCAACGGCAAGAAACUCCCGUCUUCCGUACCCGACAGCGUCCUGAAAUCCGCUCUCUUGCGUCGCGCCAUCGAAGACAUCAAACGCGUCAUGGCCCUGCGCACGCAGAAGGGCGCGCUCGCUAUGCUCCUCCAGCGCGGUAGUGUCGGUGAUGAUCUGUGGCAGCGGUUUCUCCGUGCUGAGAAGGAAAUGGAGGAUGAGGUUAGGGAUGUUGUUGCUGAGGCGAACGCCUACGUCCCCGGCUGGGGCCAAACGAUCUUCCAGUCGGCCAAUGAAAUGCUGAAUAAUGCCAUUUUCCGGGAACGCAUGGAGAAGCAGCAGGCCAAGUUGGAGGAAGAGAAGCAGUGGUGGGAGAAGAGGAAGGAGGGGUAUAUGAAGGAGUUGGAUGUCGAGGCGGAGAAGAAGGAGGAGGUGGUAGAGGAGGCCGGUGAGAAGAAGCCUGCUACUGCUGCGUCAACGACUACUAGUGAGGAGGGUUCCGGUGUUCCUACGCCUGCUACUAAGACGCCUGAGUCGUCUGGUGCGCCGCCUUCGGUGGCGGGGAGUGAUGAUGAUGCGGUGUUGGUGGAGGCGGAUGAGCAGAAUGCUGGGAAGAAAUAGAUUUGAUCUUCAUCCUUUUCUGCUAGGUUUGAAUUAGGUCAUAUGGGUGCGGUGUAUUAUGAUAACAAUAUAUAUCCUUAUCUAUUCUUG